GCAACAGAUUUGGAAUAUGAGGAGAAAAAGCAGAAUGACAACACCUGGAAAAACAAAGUGUGGAAGAAAAAGGAGAAAACAUUCUUGAGGAUAUGUGGUAUUGGAACCACUUUUGCCAUUGACCUACAAAUUUUCAAAAGGAAGGAAGUUCAAAUAAUUCCAAGUGUGGAAUGGGAGAGAGAUAGACGGACUCAGGUGCAUACAGAGGUCUAAUUUUUUUUACAGCAAUUUGUAUAAACAGCUUCCUUUAGAAAAAUGGGUGAAACUACAAGGCUUUGAAAAUUACAAAUGAAUGAGAAAUUAAUAAAAAUAUAUGUUUGUCCUGAGGUGGGUAUCAGCAAUUAAUUAGCAUCCAAAACCUACCACUGUGACAUUCUCAAAUUUUUUCAGAGUGGAAAGAAAAAAUAAUUUCUUUUCAAUGUUUCUCUUCAUCAUGACGAAUUUGUGACCUACUUAAAUGGUUAAAGAUGAGGAAAAAGUGGUCCAGGUUAAGGUGCAAAUUAUGCAUAAUUAACAAUGGUGUAAAUGAUUACAGGAAAAAAGUUACUCCACAGAAAGAGCUUUGCUGCUUGGUCUGUUUUGUGCCACCUUCUGUUCUCGUUACUCCAGAGGAAGUGAGUAAGAAAGUCAGACGCGUUUCACUCCAAAACCUUUAUGAAGGAGUGCUCAGGCUUCACAUCUCCAGGGAACAGCUGAUCUUUACAGUGCCUCAUAUGGGAAACAUGUCCUAACAGGUGACUGAUUCUUUAGAUGUGUACCUGAUUCUCCCCUCACUGUCUGCUAAAACAUCAUUUAUCAUGAGAACAUUUAUUAAAUCCUGGAUUCCUCAGUGCUUGUGGAUUCUCAGGUCACCUUGCAGAUCAUUCCAUGGAAACAACAGACUUCUUACAUCUCAGAUUAUUUCCCAUUAUGAAUCUAUAAUCCAGAAUAAAAAGGAGUUGCCAGAGUAUUUCAACUUUGCAAGUGAUGUCUUAGAUGAGUGGGCACAACUGGAAAAGGAUGGAAGAAAACCAGCAAAUCCAGCUUUUUGGUGGGUCAAUGAUGAGGGAGAGGAGGUGAAGUGGAGCUUUCAGGAGCUGGGCUCUCUGUCCAGGAAGGCAGCCAAUGUACUUUCUGAGGCCUGUGGUUUGCAGAGAGGAGACAGAGUUACAGCAAUUCUGCCUCGUGUUCCUGAGUGGUGGCUCCUGAAUGUGGCCUGCAUGCGAGCAGGAAUUGUCUUUAUUCCAGGAACAUCCCAAUUAACAGCCAAAGAUAUCUCCUACCGACUCCAAGCUUCCAAGGCCAAGUGCAUCAUUACCAAUGACACACUGGCACCUGCAGUGGAAUCUGUCCUGCCUGGCAGCCAGUUCCUGAAAAGUAAACUCAUUGUAGGCCAAGGGAGCAGGGAUGGGUGGCUGAACCUCAAAGAACUCCUUGCGGUUGCAUCUGCUGACCAUCAAUGUGUCAAGUCAAGGAGUCAAGACCCAAUGAUAGCGUAUUUUACCAGUGGAACUACAGGCCUCCCAAAAAUGGUGGUGCAUUCCCACAGCAGUUACGGCAUCGGAUUUACAGCCACUGGCAGGUAUUGGUUGAACUUGACUCCUUCAGAUAUAAUGUGGAAUACCUCUGAUACUGGCUGGGCAAAAUCAGCCUAUAGCAGUGUUUUUUCACCUUGGAUCUGUGGAUCCUGUGUCUUUGUACACAAUAUGCCACAGUUUAAACCAGAAGUUAUUGCAGAGACACUCUCAAGAUACCCCAUCACCACCUUCUGCACGGCUCCCACCGCCUUCCACAUGCUGGUCCAACAUGAUAUGAGCAGCUACAAGUUCCCGAGUCUGAAACACUGUGUAACUGGAGGGGAAGCACUCAGUCCUGAUGUGUAUGCAAAGUGGAAAAUCCAGACAGGGCUGGAUAUCCAUGAAGGUUAUGGCCAGAGCGAAACAGUGGGAAUCUGUGCCAAUACAAAAGGAAUGAAAAUUAAACCCGGCUCUUUGGGAAAAGCUCUUCCCCCUUAUGAUGUGCAGAUCGUAGAUGACCAAGGGGCUGUUGUGCCUGCAGGAGAAGAGGGCACCAUUGGGAUCCGAGUGAAACCCACACGACCCUUCUGUCUGUUCUCCGAGUACUUGGAUAAUCCAGAGAAAACUGCUGCCUCUGUGCGUGGAGAUUUUUAUCUCACUGGGGACAGAGGCGUUAUGGAUGAAGAGGGAUAUGUCUGGUUUGUUGGAAGAGCUGAUGAUAUCAUAAAUUCUGCUGGGUAUCGCAUUGGCCCAUUUGAAGUGGAGAGUGCAUUGAUAGAGCACCCAGCAGUCUCAGACGUGGCUGUUGUCAGCAGUCCCGACCCACAGAGAGGGGAGGUGGUCAAAGCCUUCAUUGUUUUAGCUCCUGCUUUUAAAUCACAUGAUCCAGAAAAAUUAAUUCAUGAGCUUCAACAACAUGUCAAGAAGGUGACUGCUCCUUACAAGUAUCCAAGGAAGGUGGAGUUUGUUCAGGAUCUGCCAAAGACAGUUACUGGGAAAACCCAGAGAAGUGUUCUAAGGAACAAAGAGUGGGCAAGAGUACGACAAGAGCAAAAAUGAAAAAAACCAAAAACAAAAACAAAACCAAAGUGUAACUACAACUCUUAGAUACAUACAAAUAAAUAAAAGAGAAAUUAAUAAAAAUAAUCUUUGUCCUGUGGUGGGUAUCAGCAGCACAUUGAUAUAUUCUUUUCAAUAAGU